UUGAUAAAGAAAAAUGAUUGUGUGACAGUCUUUAACGUACUUUGAUGAACUUAACUGUCGGCAUUGAUAAUUCUGACUUCAAUUGGUUAAUUCUCAACAGCAAGUGUCGCACUCACACAUUUAAAUGUAUUAAUAACUCUACCAUUGUUAGAAGGGUUGAUAAGUCCUAAAUUAUGUCCACCGUUUGGGUAUUUAUGUUAUAGUAAGUGUGAUUUGGAGUUUUUUGUGGUAUUAAUAUUGUUUUUAACAAAUAUUCAUGUUUUGACUUACAAUAUUGACUAAUUGUAGAUUCAAGCAUUGUACCACCAAUUAAAUUAUCUCUAUUUAUUUGCUUUGCUUGGGUUUUAAGGAUGUUUACUACGGACGAUGCAUCAAAACAUUUCGUUGAUGAGAACCUAGAUGAAAACAAUGGGGAACAAAAAGACAUGAAAUAAAAUGCAAGAGAUUCACUAAAAUAGUUUCAUUAGCACCUAAGGUACUAUUAGAUGAGAUCAUACGAAUAUAGUUGUGGACCGAGCAAAGAAAGAUAUUACAUGCACCAAAUGAUAAAGUGUGACUAGAACAAAACCUCUUAUGAGAACAAAUAUUUAAACAUUGGUCGCUUCUUGUUGUCAAUAUAGAAAAGCUAAAGGAAGAUGAAAAGGAAAAUGUCUUGUGGAAAGCUAAAAUGAGAUGGAUUUUGUUGAUGUUUAAAAUCGAGGGAAUAUGAUGACAAUGUUUAUAGUAGCUCAAUUUCAACCAGAGUUAUAUGAUAUGUAUUUAUACGAGAGACUAAUUAGAAUAAGAAUACAGGUAGAAACAUAAUUACAAAAAUACCCCAUAAUACAUUUAAAUUACACAUUUAGAGUCUCCUCAAUCUGAAGCAGGUGUAACAAUUUGAGAGAUGGGUUCUCAAUAGCGCAUGGAGCGAGGUAGGUAGUCCCUUAGUAAAGAUGUUUGCCAACUGAUGCUUUGUUGGCACAUAAUGAACACGGAGAUCGCCGGAAGAAACCUUCUCUUGAACAAGGUGAUGAUCCAACUCAAUGUGUUUUGUGUGAGCAUGAAACAUGGGAUUGAGAGCGAGAUAGGUGGUAGAGAUGUCACAAUAAAUGGUGAGAGGAUUAAAAAGGACUCCAAACUCACAAAGUAAAUAACAAAUCUAAAUAAUAUCAGCAACACAGCGCACGAUAGCACGAUAUUCAGCUCUGUACUAGAAAGGGCCUUAGUGGGUUGCUUCUUGGCACACCGGGAAACAAGAUUGGUGCUUAGGAAAAUAUGAAAACCUAAGGUGGAUUGUCGAGUAUUGGAGCAUCCAGCCUAGUCUGCAUCUGCAUAAAACGGUGAAUGAAGUGGAACGACACCACUCGACGAGUAAUCCAUGGGUGGAUGUGCUAGCUAAAGAUCUAUAUAUAUAUGUUUGACGGCUUGAAGAUGAGGUAAUUUUGGUUGAUGCAUGAAUUGACUAAUCAAUUUUUACAACAAAACUAUUAUUUAGUCUAUUCACGGACACACCAUAAAUCCCCAACCAAUUGUCGAUAGAACAUUGAGAAGUGAGAACCUUACUAUCAUUUGUGGACAAUAGAGUUUUCAAGGCUAGAGGAGUAGGUAAAGACUUGAUUUUAACAAGGCCAAACUUGCGCAAUGAGAUAAAAGCGUAUUGUUAAGAGUGGUGAGGAGCCUUAAUGCCAAGAAAACAGUGAAGCGGUCCAAGAUCAUUCAUGACAAGUUCCUAUGAGAGUCAAAUAAUAAAAAAUCGUAAUACUAAAGGGUAUCAAUGGUGACAACGAUAUCAUUAGCAUGAAGCAGAAGAUACCGACCUCCUUGAGAAGAAGCGUAGAUGAAUAAUGAAGGAUUGGCCUUCCUCACCUUGAAACUCAAAAAUAAUAAAUAGCUAUUGAAGCAAUGAAACCAUCCAUGUGGAGCUUGUUUUAAACCAUAGAUUGCUAUCGGAGAUGGCACCUAUAAUUCGGGAACUUAGGAUGAGGAAAAGCUGGGAGGUUGGAAUCUCUUGUCAUAGUUUGGUCCGGCCUCUUGCUUAAGUCCUUUUGUAACGAGGGGAGCUUUGAAGUGUUUUACAGCUCCAUCAAAAUUUUCCUUGACCUUAAAAACCCAAAUAUAAUUGACUAAAUUCUAAAAACGAUCAUAUGGUACAAGAUUCCACAUGUGGUUGGUGACUUGAGGCAUUAAAUUCAUCAGCCAUGGCCGCUUUUCAACAUAGGUUGAUAAUGGGUCUUAGAGUAGCGAGUUGAUGCCUCUCCAUGAAAAGAAUUAAGAGAUUAAAAUUUUUUCUGAAUUUAGAAAUUUCAAAUUUGGCACGAAUUUACAAGAGAUAGGCCAAAAGAGAAGAAACGGAAGUGGAUGAGUUGGAUAGAGUUAUAGAGGGGACUUGCAAGUAUGUUGUGGAGGAACUUGGUCAGGAGAAGAGUCGGGACACAUGGUGAGUGGGUUCGAAAGGAGGGCCGGUGGAGGCAAAAUAGAAUUAAAAGCAUGUUGGAUAAGCCAAGAAGAGGAGAGAGGUGGAUUGGGAGGUUGGGCUAAAGGAGGAGGCGGCGGAUGAGAAACUUGAGGGCCAAAGGAGGUAGAAGGAAGAAUGGAUUGAUUGGAGGGGGGAAAAAGUGGGUUGAUCUUGAACAGUGGGUUAUGGGAUUAGGAGUUCGAGGAUUUUUUUGAAAAGGAAAAUUCUCUUUCUCAAAUCAAAUAUGAUGAUUGAUAAAAACACAACCAAAUGGUGGAUUAGGGCAAUGGUAGCUCUUGUGAUGUGACGCAUACCCAAGAUAUACACAUGGCACAAAAUGAGGUAGGGAAGAAAAUGAUAAAUUGCCCUCAAAAACCCAAAAGAACGAGUAAUUGAAUUUGAAUCCAAAUAAACGAUCGAAAACCCAAUGAAUGAGUGAAGCAGAGAAAGACAUGAUGGGAUGCAAGUGAGAUGACAUUAUUGAGUUGGAAAUUGAAUAAAGACCAUGAGAAAAAUCGGCUUGGAGGAAUACUCUCUCGGUACGUUGGUCCUUUAAAGACAUUGAUGAACCAUUAAAAUCAAUGGCACAAGAAUUUUUACGGCAAAAUUGGUGACUAAAGCGAUUGCUAGUAAGAUUAGGAACAUGAUAGAUGGGAGAUAGAUUGAGAACCGGCAUUUAAAAGGGAUUUACCAACUUGUUUAAUAGGCAAUAAGUGACCACCAUCAAUCAAGACAUUUGUCAAAUCAUAAAAAGGGUCUAGAUUUAAGGAUUUUACCAAUAUCACUAGUUUCACUUUGCUGUCAAGAUAUUACAUUGGAUCAAAGGUCUCACCAAUUGAGAGAUUUGAGGAGUUCGAUAGAUUAGUGGCAAUGAAGGCAUGGUUGAAUCUUUGUCGACUUGGUAGUGUGGUGUGCCGGGCUUCAUUAUAUGACAAGUAAGAUGAGGCCCUAGAUUCGAGAAUAUCUCCCCAUGUGUAUGAGGGAACGAAGGGCUUCGAACCACCACGAGGCUAAGUGGUCAACAUAGUGAGGUAUCCUCAAAUUUUGGUGGUUCAAAAUCAAUGUUGAUGUUUAGAGUCAAUAAGGGCUUUGAACAACCAUGAUACCAUGUUCAUGUUUAGAGGAAGAGGGAAUAUGAUGACAAAAGUGUUUUUGGCGGUUCGACCCCAAUUUAAGUUGCAUAAUAUAUAUUCACACAAGUGACUAGUCACAAUAAGGAUGUAGAUAGAAACAUAAUUAUAGAAAUACUCUAUAUUACAUGUAAAUUACACAUUGAUAAAAUCUUGGGUUGUGCUUCGAAAGCUAAAGCUAGAAUUUAUACUCUUUCUUAUGUUAAUUGGAAGCAUACAAGAAAUUAUGGGUUUGUUUUAUUCUCUUUUCUUGGAAAGUGCUGAUUUAAAAGGAUUGUUGUGCUUUUGUGCAAUGGAUUGACGCUCGUGAGGCUCCUGAGAACUAUGCAAGAGGCCAUCUAGAUGCUCCGUAGAACUAGCGUUUCAUGAUUUCUGGAGGCAGGAAUCUUGGCUUGCUCAACUCGCUAUUCAAGAAGAGGGAUGGGUCACAUUUUGUGUGAAGUAAAUAAGGAAGUUUGCUAGGGUUCCAUGAUUUGUUUAAUGAGAGAGUAGCCAUGGAGAAAGAUUUGUUUUUGUAAAUGUGAGAAAAUAUGGGGGUAAAGAGUUAAUCUUCGAAGGAAAAAAAUUCAGGUAUAAAUCAACUUCAAGCUCUGUUAUUAGACCUCAAAGACUCUUACGUGAAAGAAAAAAAAUGAGAUCAGUAAAGAAUGAGAUAGAUUGAUAGCCAAUUAAAAAUUUGGAAAAUUGAAUCGAUGAAUAUCAUGUAUAGAAAGAUUUGCACUAGGUUUUGAUGGAAUUAGAAAGUGUUGCAUAUAGUAAUGAAUGUCAUUUGUAUUGAGUCGGAAAGGAACUGAGACAUUAAGCGAGCAGCCGUAGCAAAGCUCUGGUGCCAUUUGCCAUAUGAUAGGCGCAGAGGACGUAGUGGGGUACAUACGUGAACUUGUAUACUAAAGGAGGGUAAAUAGUGUUGUGCAUGAGCACUCACAAUAAUUGGAAUGAAGUAGAAAGGUUAUGAUAGGAUGAACAGCCGAAUUUAGUGUACUCGAUGCCAAAUCAAGAUGAGUGAUGUUAGGGUGUUUGAAGUAGUUAGGAGGAUGAGAGAUAUCUGUAGGCAAUAUGCAAGCUCAGAGCUCUCAAUGGCAAAAGCACUCCCAAAAAUACCUAAAGGAACAACUCGAGGGAGUAUAUACACUGAGAAAGUAAUAACGGGAGGUGGACAUGGUCUUGCUGCAUGGGAAUCCAAUUGAUGUGUCUAGAAGAGACGUUAGUUGAUGAGAGGUUGCAACGUUUGAUGAGGACAAACUCAUAAGGAUGCUAAUUGAAAUGAAAAUGGAUAAAACUAGCAGUAAGAAAGGAAGGGGGAAAAAAGAGUGUUCCAAUUUGGAUUAAUCGGUUUCAGGAUAGAUAGCUUUCAAAGUAAGAACCCGAAAGCUAUCCUAUUAGAGUCGGUUUCUGGUUUUUGGAACAGAGGAUCUCACCGUUCGACCCUAAACCUGAUCUAGAAACUAACCGGUUGGUUUUACACCGGUUUUGGGGUUGACCAAAAAACAUUUGAGUUGUUUUAUGGACGGUCCAAAAAAAGUGAAGUUAAGGAGCUCUCUCUCUCUUUUUUCCAUUUUUUUCAAAAGAAAGUACUAUGAGUCUUCGAUUCCUAAAUAUCAAGGACGAGGGGAUUUGUCUUCUAAGUCUGUCGAGAUUAUAGGUCCGAGAACAACAUUGGAUAAAUAGUAUAUAGUUGGGGACUUAUCAUUUUAAACAGCCAUGUUUCUAUUGGUUUGAAAAUAUUUGGAAAAGCCGUCGGGCACUGUCUUAUGAGCUACCUGCGAAUCUUUUCCUAAAUUAAAGACACCUGCUUCUAAAUUUGAGAAUCCCCACGAACCUCACACGAGGGCUAAUGUAUCACGUUCUUCUACUUCAUAGAAUUGGGGAAAAAAAAUGAGAGUCGACUUGACACGUGCGCCACUGACUUGUUAUGGCCUACAGCUUACGAAGGAGGCCCACUUGAAGAAGUAUUCUGUUAUUUGGAAAAGCAAAACAGUAAGUAAAUGCCCAAGCUUACCUUUAAAGCUUGCAUCUUUGUCAAAGCAUUACUUAAAUGUCCCAGAGUUGUCAAUUAAGACUCAUGUUCAUGCAAGAGAAUUAAAGUUAGAUUAUUUCUUCCAACAAAUUCGAUAUAUAUCAUCGUUAACCCAACCCCCCCCCUUUUUUUUCUAAGAAAAUAACAUGUGUAUGAAUGACCAUGACAUCACCGCUUAUUUGGCUUCUAUGAAGUAUGAAGCAGGACGGAGCAUGCGGUAUUUUAGGGGAGUGUGUCCGCAUCUUUGUUGAUGUUGUCGCUCCCCCUUUCUUUUCUUUUUUUGUUUUCUGGUGGGAUUGUUGCUUGCUUGCCUGUUUCUAGCUGUUUUGCCUUUUAUUUGGGAGUAGUAACAGCUUUAUAUCAAGAUUGAAUAAAAGAUUGGAGGGGAAAAAAUAACAAUAAAAAAGAAGAUGAGAGAACAAACCUAAUCUUGACAUGAUGCAUCAUAACCCAAAUUAAUUAAAAUUUCAUAGUAUUAUACGCUGAUCUUUACUUAAUUUAAGGCCCUCAUUUCUGAAAAAUCAUAAACUUUAGGUCUAAUUCCAAUUUUGUUCCAAACAUUUUUUUUUUUUGUCUGGAAAAAAAAAAUCCCAAACAUUAGAUUAGUCCAAAUCUGACCUGAAAUUUUCUUUUUCAAAAAAAAGGAAAAAACCAUUAACUUUAGGUCUAGUCCAAAUUUACCGCGAAUUGCUUCUAUUCAGGAUAAAAAUCAUCAAUUCUACUCUAGUCCUAAAUCCGCUUCCAUCAGCCCCCUGUCAAAAAAUCGUUGUUAGUCGUACAUUAAUUUUCAUAUCCUAGAACAAUUUCAUUUUGAAGAUAAUUUAUGAUGUUGCCUUGUGGAUAUAGAUUGUUAUCAAUGUGGAAAUGUUACGUCAAGUUGGGAGUGGACAAUGGGGUAGAUUUGAAAAUAGAUUGAAAUUGAUAAUUUUUUUAGACAACAAAAUUCAGGAGCUUAAAGUUUUAAGAUUUUUUUCAAGACAAGAAAUAGUUUGGUGCAGAAUUGAAAGUAGACCUAGGAAUUUUUUAGAGAACGAGGCCACUUUUAUGGUAGGAGACUCUUGAGUUUAAGUGGAAUCAAAAUUCACAAAGUCACCAAAAUCUCCAAGUCAUGAUGAGGGGUGUGGUCUAUUUUUAUUUUUUAUUUUUUACAUCACCAAAUGCCAACGUUCCCCCCCUCUCUCUAACCGCAUGCUGUAAUAUUUACCGUCCGUCCACUUAUAAGAGCCAUUCACCAUUUCUUCUUCCUCGCGCACUCCCUUUACUCUCACUCAGUCUCUAAGUAUCUGCAUUGCAUUCAAUCCUUUCAUCGAAAGAAAUGUCUACCCCACUUCCAAGCUCCUCACCAUCUCUGCUCGCAGCAAGCAACACCGCCAGGCCACUACUGGCAACCAUCACCCUGGCAUCUCCUUUACCGGCAGCUUCUUCCGGGUCCACAUCUCCUUGGUCUUGGUCCACCAUAUCGAGGGAGCGAAAGGUGGUGCUGGUGGUGUUGCUGGUCCUGGUGCUGGUGGCAAUAUGCUUGCUGCUUAUAUAUUGCAAGAUUAGGAGAUGCAAAAGGAGAAGGCCGCUUUGCUCUGCAUCCCCUAGCAUUCCUCUCAGUUCUGCCACGUGCAAUUUUACUCUUGACCAAGUCGAGGAGUUCACCAGUGGCUUCUCGGAGGCAAAUCUACUCGCAGAAGGUGGUUUUGGGCGUGUGUACCGUGGAGUCCUUCCCAAUGGAAGAGUUGUAGCAGUGAAGCGAUGGAGGGUGGGGAGCAGACAGGGAGAGAGUCAAUUUUGGGCUGAGGUUGAAAUACUAAGCCAAGUUCAUCACAGGCAUAUUGUGUCUUUGGUUGGAUACUGCAUAACCAGGUCCGAGCUCAUCCUCGUGUAUGAGUUGGUGGCUAACAACACCUUACAUCUACAUUUACACGGAGAGGGACAACCGACCCUAGAUUGGCCAACUAGACUGAAAAUUGCUUUGGGGUCUGCCAAAGGAGUAGCAUAUCUUCAUGCGGAUUGUGAUCCUAAGAUCAUACAUCGUGAUAUCAAGGCAGCUAACAUACUUAUGGACUUUGACUUUGAGGUGAAGAUUGCAGAUUUUGGACUUGCAAGAUUUACUUCUGAAUCAAAUCGUCAUGUGUCCUCCAGGCUGAUGGGCACCUUUGGUUAUAUUGCUCCAGAACACUCCUCGGAUGGGAUACCGACAGAAAAAUCGGAUGUUUUCUCUUUUGGGGUCGUGCUCUUGGAGUUGAUUACUGGUCGCAAACCUGUGUUUUCAACAUGUAAUUCCAUGGCUGAUGGUCUGGUUGAAUGGGUUAAUCUGGUUGAAUGGGCGAGGCCUCAGCUCACACAAGCUCUGAAAGAUGGAAACUUCGAUUCUCUUGUUGAUCAUAGGCUGCAGAACAAUUAUGACGACAAUGAGAUGGCUUGUAUGGUGGCAUGCGCUGCUGCUUGCGUGCAUCAGUCAGCAAGGCGCCGACCAAAGAUGAGUGAGGUCGUUCGAGCCCUCGAAGGAGAUCUACGGCUUUCUGAACUGAAUGAUGGGAUUAGAUCCAGGCUGAGUAUCCUCUACCGUUUCUGGCGAAGGUCUGACAACGGCACCAGCCAAGACCUCGGAAACUCCCAAAGGAUGCCAUUAGCUACCCAAGAAUACGGCAGUAGCCAUUACAGCGAAUCUACAGCAAGUGAAUAUGCCUUGCAUCCUUCUGGCUUGAGCAGCGUGGGUUCUAGCCGCCGAACGACCCGAGAUCUGGAGAUGGGAAAAAUAGAGAGAGAGUCGAGGUUUCAUCGUAGGCUGUUGAGCUCACGUGUCAUGGUCUCGUAAAGUUUCUAAUCCUCCUCGUUUUUAUAUGUCACCGCGGAUGGCAAGAGAGGCAUACAUCAUUUUCAAGCAGUGACGUCGAGAAUGUGGUUGUGGGGUAUUUAAAUCUAUAUUAUAGUUAGAUAGGCAGAUGCUACUUGGAGUUGCAAGCUCUCACUAAUAAGACAGACCUGCCAAUGUAUCUGGUGUAGUUGGUCUUGUGUCCCUGUUGUUUGUGGUAGGUUGAAGUGGUCCAUGGUGGAACAUAUAGAUAAGUUGUAUGGUUUGGUACUCUCGCAAUGUGAAGCUUUUAGGUUUUUCGUGCACUUCAAUCAAUGUGUCGAGGUCUUCUGUCGUGUGCUGAUCUUAGAUGUUGAUGUCCGUUCAAUUUGUGAUGGCCCUUGUAAGUGAAGGUUUGUUCGAAGUCAAGAAUAAACAUCAAGAGUGUUUCUACAAAAUGUUCCCUUUUGGAAUUUACUUCAA